UGUUCCAGGAAGCUUAGAAGUUAUAAGUCUCACGAUCAUUUAUGAAGUCAUUUACAAUCCUAAUUGUGCAAUUUAUCAAACAAAAUCCAAUGAUGUAAAAAAGCCCAAGUGUGUUAAAGCCAUUCCCUAGAACCCUUGCUAAGAAGUUUAUAUCCCUUCGAAACCUUGCCUUCAACACAUAACGCCUUUACUAGGUAUCCAACACUCUCAACAUCAAUGUUAGCCACAACACCAGAUUUCAAUAUACGUCCAUACAAUGUUCAAAUCAGAUCAGUCCUUCCAACCUUCAAACAACUCAAUAGAGAUAUCUUCCAAGUUUUCACUGACGGAACUGCUAAGGCACUUUAUGUAACCCUCUCAUGAAUGAGGCGCAGGGUUAAAAUUAGGGAAAUCAAGUAAGAUCUUUGCAGCUUUAAAUACCCCGGUAUCUACAAGUUGAUCAAAUAGGGCACUGCACGAAUAUUAGUCCGGUGAGAAGCCACAAGAAGAAUAAAGCCAGAUCAAAAAUUAAAGGGAGAGGAACCAUUCUGGUGGGUCAGGUAAUGUAGGAAGAAAGAAUGGUCUUUGAAAUUGAAAGAUGGGUAUUGGGAAAGAAGGGUAGUCUCCCAUAGCUUUGUGCGAGUAACUCUGCAAAUUUCUGCAUAACCUCUAGAACGCAUAUCAAAUGCAGAGUAAUUGAUCUUGCGCUCGGACAACACCGCGAUGGGAGACUACCCUUCUUUCCCAAUACCCAUAUCUCUCCCUUCGAUUCUUUCACUGGCUUAGUUCUACUUGUGGCUUCUCACCGAACCAAUCUUCGUGCAAUGUCCUCUUUGAUGAACUUGUGGAUGCUGGGGGCAUCUAAAGCUGCAAAGGCCUUGCUUGAUUGUCCUGAAUUUAACCCCGGGUCUCAUUCAUUGAAGGGUUACCAGUGGUGGAAUGGUUGAAGAUGCACUCCAUGUGUUUGUGCUUUAUUGUAUAUUAAUCUGUAAUUGGCAGUUGUUGCUGUUAAUUGGAUUUUUUUUCUAGUUAUUGUAUAUUGAUCUGUUUUGACUUUUGAUGCUGACGUUGUGAGUUGCGACAAAAGUAUGUGAUUGAUGCUUUAUUGGAUAUUGAUCUACUUGAUCUGUUUUGAUGCUUUAUUGAUGCUUGGUUAUGUUUAUUUGGUGAAUUUGAUACUGAAUUUGCUGAAUUUAAUUGCAUGCCUUAUGAGUAGAAAAUUGUUUUAAUCGAUUAGAUUUUAUAAUUUAUUAUAUAUGCAAUCAAAAACUAUGUUUUUGAUCAAAUUGUGUAUUGUGUGGUUACUUAGAUUGUUGGUGAAACCUGCCUGUAAAAUUAAGAUAGGAAAUGAUUAAAUAUUUAACCAUUAUCACAGCUUUCUAAAGUUUGUAUGACAGUAUAAAUCAUUCCGCUGUUGCAGGCAUAGGAGCCUUGAUGUUAUCACACUUCCCAUGCUUCUAUUUCAUUGAAGGUGGAGAAAAUAUAAGAUCAUUAUUCGGUGAUGAUGUUUUAGCUUCUUCCAUAUACAAAAACCCAUCACAAUGAUCAGGGCAAUAACACGUUCACAUUCUCUUAUUACACCCCUCCGCCAUAGCGCUCCCCAAACCUGUCAAACCCAAUUCCGAAACCUCACAUUGGAGACCAAAGAUGGGGAUCAUGCUGGCAACAUCAACUCAAAUGCCAAAGAUCGUAACUUUGUUGAUUUCGUCAUCGAAAUUUGCAGAGUCACUCGGACAACACCGCGUUGGGAGACUACCCUUCUUUCCCAAUACCCAUCUUUCGAUUUCAAAGACCCUUCUUUCUUCCUACAUUACCUGACCCACCAGCACAAUGCGUUCCUCUCCCUUCGAUUCUUUCACUGGCUUUGCUCUAGUUGUGGCUUCUCACCGGACCAAUCUUCAUGCAGCGCCCUCUUUGAUGAACUUGUGAAUGCUGGGGCAUCUAAAGCUGCAAAGGCCUUGCUUGAUUGCCCGGAUUUUAACCCUGGGCCUCAUUCAUUGGAGGUUACAUAAGGUGCCUUAGUAGUGGUGGAAUGGUUGAAGAUGCACUCCAUGUGUUUGAUAAAUUGCAAAAGGUUGGAUUUUGUCCGUCAGUGGAAACUUGGAAGAAAUCUCUAUUGGGUUGUUUGAAGGUUGGGAGGAUUGAUCUAGUUUGGACAUUGUAUGGGCGUAUGUUGGAAUCUGGUGUUGCGGCUAACAUUGAUGUUGAGACUGUUGGAUAUCUGGUAAAGGCGUUAUGUGUUGAAGGCAAGGUUUCGAAGGGAUAUGAACUUCUUAGGCAGGUUCUAGGGAAUGGCUUGAGUCCUGACAAUACUGUUUUUAACACACUUAUUAGAGGGUUCUGUAAGAAUGGAGAGUAUGAUAGGGUAUCUGAGAUCCUUCAUAUCAUGAUUGCCAAGAAGGGUAAUCCAGAUAUCUUUACUUACCAAGAAGUCAUCAAUGGACUCUUGAAAGAGAACAAUUCUGAGGGAUUGCGGGUUUUCAAUGAUAUCAAGGAUAGAGCGUAUUUCCCUGAUAGAGUCAUGUACACAACAGUGAUCGAAGGCCUCUGCAAGAAGGGACAGCUUGGUGUCGCAAGGAAGUUGUGGUUUGAGAUGAUUCAAAAAGGGCUACUUCCUAAUGAGUAUACCUAUAAUGUAAUGUUACAUGGGUAUUGUAAGGCUGGUGAACUUGUUGAGGCAAAGAAGCUCUUUAAUGAUAUGCGUUCUAGAGGUUAUGUAGGAAACACAUUCAACUACACCACAAUGAUUUCGGGUUUGUGUUCACAUGGUGAGGCACAUAAAGCAUGGGUCUUGUUUCAAAAAAUGCCUCAAAGGGGUGUGGUUCGUGAUUUGAUCACUUACAAUUCUUUGAUUAAUGGACUUUGCAAUGAGGGGGAUCUUGUUAAGGCAACAAAACUUUUUAAUGAACUUCAGACACAGGGUUUACAGCCAUCGGCUUUCACUUUUACUCCUCUUAUAAAAGGACUUUGUAGAUUUGGAGAAACGCAGGAGGCAAUCAGGUUAUGGAAUGAUAUGCGCGAUCGGCAUUUAAUACCACCCUCUAUUACACACGACCAUAUUAUUAAGGGGUUAUGUAAAGAAGGCAAUUCUGCAGAGGGAAUGAAAUGGCUGCGAAGAAUGGUGAGAUGGGAGCUAAAACCAGUGCGGAAGACUUUGGAGAUCCUGAUUUGCACUCUAUCACAAGAGAAAAGUCUCAUUUGUUCUCUGAUCCUCUUCCUGCACCGUGUUUGUUCUCUGAUCCUCGACGCCGCAACACGUUUCCGUAGCCAAGGAGUAGAGAACAACCUUAUUUAAUAUUUAUCCAUUUAUAUUCUGACUUA